GGGUCUACCACACAGACAGCUUGACGGGCGUCAGUUUUGCUGCGGCUCAGAGAAGACAGACCGCCUAAUGUCGGCUCAGGUAUAUUAAUUAAAUGCUUUAAAGACAUGUCACUGAAUGUCUAACACAUAGGCUCUACUACCAACUAGCUGUACCCGUCGGGUUUCAACAUUAGCCGGCUAAUUUAGCUACUUUACCAGCCGCAGCGCUCCUCGAAGAAUAUUAACGGUUCUUACUGAGACCUUCUCAGAGGAUGCUGGACUCAAUAAAAGUAACAGAAAUACUCCACUGGCAAGAAGUUGAAAUGUCCAAAAAGUACAUCUUAAACUCUGCUGACAACGCACUGAGUCCCAGCCAAGUAUACCUGGAGAAGACUUCUUCCAGUGUCCUAGACCUCUUCAGCACUACCUGCAGCAGCUACAAAAUCCCGCUGCAGGCUAAGGAGAAGGAGAAGAGUCCCAAACAGUCCCCGUACAGGAGGCCAAAAACAUCAGUGAAAUGUGGCACAACAUUUAGCAGAAGAAACCGCCCGGCCAUGGCUCCUAAAAAGUUGCAUGCUCCAGAAGUAGGUGGGAAACCUGCACAGUCAAAUCGUGUUCACUCAGGCAACUCCCAUCUCUCUAAACCAGCACAGAACAUUGCAGUGGAGGGCAGCCGCAUGGGCCUAACUCCUCAUACAGUCCCACAGCUCAGGAAGAUACACAUCCCCAGUUCCCCUCGCACUAAACCCCCGUCGUUGCACAAAGCAGCGAUUACACAGGAAGCAAACAAUGCCAAGAUCUGCAUCCUUUCAGCCAUCAGGCCAUCUAAUGUCAAGAAAGAGAAGGCCAAGUUUUUCCAGUCUAACUUCAGCUAUAAUCCGCAGUUUGAAUACAGCAACCCAGUUUGUCCACGUAUCCUGGCACGGCAUAACAAUGCCUCAGAUCGCUUCCUGAAACAGGCGGUGAACAUCAUGGAGCAUGCAUUGCAGCGAUAUGGCAGCUAUGAGAAGUUUGAAAAGGCCACAGGGGGCAACCUCCUCACCGAGAGUCGCAUCUUGGACAUUGUCAAGAAAUACAUGGAGAGGGAGGGUUGCUUGGGGGAGAUUGUCGUCCGGGUGACAGAUGAACUCCUGUCCAGAGGCUCCAUGACAGUGGUGAACAGCAGACCCACACUGACCAUCAACAUCUCCACUGCCCGAGAGCACUGGCUAGAAGGCAUGCUGAGGCAUGAGAUCGGCACACAUUAUUUCCGUGGCAUCAACAACCGCCACCAGCCGUGGAGGAGCAACAGGAAGAAGUACAACCUGAAGCCUGUGAACCCCACAGAGGAGGGUCUGGCCAGCAUCCACAGUGUCCUCUUCAGGAAAGACCCCACACUGUGGCGCGCCGCCCUGCUCUACUACACCGUCUACCAGGCCAGCCACAUGUCCUUCUGUCAGCUCUUUCAUGACCUGGAGCGCUUUGUCCAGGACCCCAACACCCGCUGGGACUACUGCGUCCGAGCCAAGAGGGGCCAGAUCGAUACAGCACAGCCAGGGUGCUACAUUAAAGACCAGGUCUACCUGGAUGGUGUCCUAAGGAUCCUAAGAUACAGAGAUCAGAUCAACUUCCCACUGCUGAUGGUUCUAGGAAAGGUGUCAUUCGAAGAUGUCGACCGCCUCAAAGUGCUGGCUCAGAUGGACAAAGUCCACAUCCCACUCUUCAUGAAGGACCAGGUGAAGUAUGCCAAGCAGCUGGUGAAAAUCAUGGAGGUCAACCAGCUGACUGACGAAGAGCUCAAGAGCAUCGUCUGAGCCCGCUCCAUGCCAACGUACAAACCUGAUUAAACCUGAAUACAGCCUGUCAGAGCACUGCCAGCCACGGCCCACACGCCUAAACACCGUCAUCGUGCAUGGUAGUACAGUGUGUGAUCAGAGCAGCAUGCUGCAUGUAGUGUAGAGUUGUGUUAGACAGAUACAUUAGUUUAAUCUCACGUUAGCUUUGAAUUAAAAACCUGUUAUCGCCCAGUGAUUUCUUCACUGACACAGUCGGGAUCACCAAGACAAUCGUUUCAGUGUGUUGUGUGUUUAGGGCUGAAUGUGGUUCAUUUUGUUUCCCAGUGCCAAGACAAUACCUGGUUUGCUUUAUUGAUACUAAAAUUGGAAUUUUCGAAAUUUCUUGGUGCCAUUUUUUUAUGUGGCAGUUUCUGAUACUCGGUUUUUAAAAGAGAGUUUUAAUGUCCCAUGAUGACCUGGAUUAGAGCCUGACUGUGAUUAGGCUUAUAUUAAUAGUUAAGACUUAAAAAUCGGACAAAUGUAUGUGUGCCAUUUUUUGUUUUUUAACAUAAACGCAUCACAUGAACAAGGAAAUCCCUUAAAUUGGUUUAUUUAAAACACAUUAAAAGGUCAUUUCUCCCCCUUAAAUCAAAAAUACUUAUUUUUCCUCUUACCUGUAGUGCUGUUUAUCAGUUCAGAUUGACCGUAGAGAUGUCUGCCUUCAUUUGAAUAUAAUGGAACUAGCUGGCACUCGGUUUGUCGUGCCAAAAAAAUACAUUUUCAGAAGUCAUGACAUGAUUACUCACGAUAAUCCACAGAAUCUGUUGUGAGCAGUUUCACGUAGGAACUUUUUCUAUCUACCGAAUAACACCCGCCAACUGUAUCACCGUGCAGAAGGAAGCGUGCAUCUACUGCUAGCUCACCUAGCACCACUGAGCUAGCUAACGUUAAAGCUCAGCCGAGCAGGACACCAUUAAUGUUUACAUCUCGCACUGUCACAAGCACAAGCCUCUCGUUCAUGAGUGAAUGAACGCUUCCCUCUGCGCUGUGAUUAAGUCAGGCUCCAGUCCAAAUUAGGCUUGAUGACUACUUGAACACUUAAUUUCUCGUGGACUUGUGCAUGCAUGUGGAUAGGGUUAGCUUAAGCCAUCAAAACUGUAUUGAUCUAGUAAUGUAAGGAUUGUUGUCUUUCUUUCACACACCUAUGAUCUAAGUGUACUUACCUGAUGUUUUAUAUCUGUCUCUUAAGCACUUUUUCCCUCUAGAUACACUUAGGGUUACUAUUUUUGUAUUACAGAUGUAGGCAUUAAAAAAGAGUUGUUACUGAGAGAUGGUGAAAGCAGGGUGGUUCACAACAGCUUUGUCUUACUAGAGAGAGAUGGACAGAUAACACACAAGUGCUUCAUCAGCGCUGUCACACACAGGCCUGCUAAUUACAGCCGAGCCUGUCAGCAUUGUUCUCCAUCUGCUGAAAGGCAAAGCGUGACAGUCACUUGUCACGCUGUGUAAUUUGAAGGUGAGUUCCUCAUUAUGCUCGAUGAAACCCUCGUGAUCCAAGUGCAGUGACUUGAAGCCCUGUUUGACUAUUUGCACUUUGUUACCUUCAAGCUACCUUUUUAACUGCACUGAUAUGAGCAGUUACUGUGUUGGUGUUAUUUAUGAUGUAUUUAUAUUUUACAAAACAAAACAAACGCCUCCUGGUUUUACUGUGAUGAGUUUUUGUUUCGUUAAUAAGGAGAAUGACCUGAUGUUGAGAGCACGUGUGCUGCUCUGCCUCCUCAAAGACCCCGUAAAUGGUACAGCUUUGUUACAUGGCAUUCCUAUGUUUUUAUUUGACUUACUUUUUUUGUGGUAUUCAUAGGAUGAAUUUUCAAAUAAAGUGGA